AUGAUCAAAAUAGUGAAGACUGGUCCAGACGGCCUUAUCGAGAAUCGCGUCCGAAGCGCACCGGCCGACCGAGGAACGACAUCCGCGUCGGCCACGCAUAUCAUCCGCGUCCCGCCAAAGUCCACGGCCGAUCCCAGUACCGACCCGGGAAGCAUGUCCCGCGGUCGGCCAAACACUUUCACACGCCAAGCUGCGCGCGACCGUACCGCGCGAGGAAGGCAACGCCUCGCGGCCGCGCGCACAACUCACGUACCGCGGCCGACGUACCGUCCGACCAGGAAGCUCACCCCGCGCCGGCCAAGAUUCAUCGGCCAAAACCUUUCAUCCGUCCGACCCCGGCCGAACACGAAAACUCGGCCACGAUCGUUCCGACCUGCCGUAGCCGACCACGACCCGACGACCGGCCGAACCGACCGUCCGAACGUCCGGUCGACCCGAAGCCGUUUUUGA